UCAAUAGGCCUUUAGAGACGGAGAACACAAAUGCCUGCAGACGUUCCACAAUACAACGGCGUUUCAAGCAGUUCAAGUGUUUCAAUGGCACGAGAGUCGGUAUGGAAGCGGACGAAAGCAUAUUUUCGCAGAAUGCGAGGGAAAAAGGUCGGCGGGUGGAUCGCUCUUCUGCUUCUUUUGAUAUGCGGACAAGAAAUCGAGGCUCAUUCUCCCACUGAUUGGCCCAUUCGAGAUACCUCUUCAAUCAAUAUUAUUGAAUGUCCAUAUGACCAUAAAAUCGGAGACAAUGUCAUGACGUCGGGUCCUGCAUUAAAAGGCGAGGCAUGGGAAAUGAAUGGAUUUUCUGAUUUUAAUCUGCGAUCUGGAUCGCUGGAGUUCGGUAAAGGAGACAUCUGGGUGCAACCGUCUGAUAGAGAUGACGACAGUAUUCCUAUGUCCUCACAUAAUAGACUUGUUAUGGAAUUCCCACCGAAGUGGAUAGACACUACAGAUUUCGCACCAAUAAUAUGCACAACGAGCCGCGCUACGCUGGGAUAAACUAGACCUCGUAGCAGAAUUCAAUUCACCCCUUUAAUAUUUAAAUUACGUUCCAGCUUGAUUAUGUCGGCGGAGAAUUGCAUCUGAUAAUAGGAAAAUGUCUGCACAUUUUUAAAUCAUUGAAAAUAUACACUAGUGUAGAAAAUUAAAUCGUGCGAUUUAUUAGAGUCGAUAUUUGAUUGAAUCAAAUUAAUAGGUGAAUCGAUGGACUAGUUUUUCGUAUUAUUUCCGCUUUUGUGGAUGCAGUUUUCAAGGAAAAGGUAGUAGUAGAACAGUUGGUAACCCACGAAUUAUAAACAUAAUAAACUUCAAUAAAAAAUUGUUCCAUCCAGUUCAAACAUGAUGAAUAAAAAAAAUAU